AUGGGUUGCACUACUGGAGUUAGUUCUGUGGACUUUGAAAGACUUAGCAGUUUCGUGUGCACUCAGAUACAGCACUCACGCCUGGAAAAGCAGUGCAAGUCAAAGUCUACAAUGUUAUGUCCCAACUGCAAAUGGGGAGAUUUUCCAUCCAUUGAGGCACUUAUUCUGCAUCUCAACUCCCAGUCUACUUGUUGGCCACCCGAAGCACGACCGCAAGAAUUACCUGUCCCUCCUGUAUUCCAUCAAGGUCCUAUUUCAAGUACUACCGGUAUUUGUCAUCCAUGUCCUGGAUAUGUCUUCGGUGUUGGUAAAAAUAUGCUCGAUACGUUGGAAGACGAUGAAUAUGCAUACCGGCAAAAGAUCAACUGCUACUACCCUUUCCAUGAUGAAGCUGAGUGGGAACUAGGGAAGUUCUUGGUUGAAAACCUCACUCAAACACAAAUCACCAAGUUUUUGAAGCUGAAAUGGGUAAAAAGGAUUGUCCAAGCUUUUAACAGUCAUGCAAGACCGUCUUUCACCACAAAAGAUAAACUCUUAGACUGGAUGGACUCGCUCCCUUGUUUUACAGAGUGGAAAGUCUCUAAAAUAGAGUUUUCAGGCUACAAGACAAUCCAUCCCAUCAAACUCAUUUGGUGUGAUGCACUGGACAUAGUCAAACAACUCUUUAGCAACCCAAUCUUUGAAAGCCAUAUGACCUUUGACCCGCACCGUGUCAAUGUCAGAGAUCAGUGUGAAUACGGAGAUUACAUGAGUGUCAAUAUGACAUGGAAAAUCCAGGCACGGCUAUGGCAUAAAUGCAUGGACCUCAUUUUUGCCAACCUCAAGGCCAUGGCAGCAGAGGGAUGUUUCAUGGCUGACCCUUUCAGAUAUAUUUGUCAUGUUUUCACACUGCUCGUCGCUCAUGUAUCCAACCUACCAGAGGCCACCAUGAUCACUGCAGUUGCUAAAAACACAUCCCCUCUGACUAUGGCGAUGCAAGGGGAUUUUGGUGAUGGGAUGCUCCACCCCCCUCAUACCGGAAAGUAUACAUUGCAACUCCUCGUCGAUAUUGCCAAAACAGUUAAUCCUUGGGACCUCGACAAGUUCCAGAAAGCGGCCAAAGCUCUCAAUCUGUCUGGCGAAGUUCUCCAUACCUGCUUCAAAUUUUUUGCCGAUCAUCCGCUCAAAUGGGUGAAGGAGACUGUAGGAGCUUACGAGCUUGAUACCCGGUUCAUUGUUCAGCAUAAGCGGGUUGGCACACACCACUUCACAAAAAGCAUCACGCACGUCAAGCAAAUGACAGGCCGUGAAUACAGAGAUAUACAAUGCACUAUCAUUGCAUCAAUCGCAGGUGCCAUUCCACCUAGAUUCAUUCACGCAGUCCGCGGCCUUGUGGACUUUACGUACCUCGCACAGAAUCCAGUUCAUUCGCCCCAAUCACUCCAAGCAAUGAUGCAGGCACUUUCGGAUUUUCACUCUUUCAAGGACACUAUUGUCGCCGCCGAAGCAAGGAAGGGGAAGAAGGGCAUCAAAGAAGAUUUCUUCAUCCCCAAACUCGAACUAAUGCGAAGCUUCGAGGAGCAGUGUGUUCGCAUCCUUAAUCAUCAAGAGUCGAUGGAAAUAUUUGACUUGUAUGCAUUGUUGACUUCUCGGGGGGCACCACUGGUCAAUGCCAUACACACUGAAGAUGAGGAGGUCACAACUACUAAUCCUGCACUUUCCUGGGUUUCCUGCAUUCUCCCUGACAAGGUCAAGUCGGUUCAUGGUCCCCGACCAGUCCAUAAUCACUUUCUAAAGGGCAUUCUUUCUGGAGACGCGCUCACCGCUUUUCAAUUGAAUGUUAUGCCAGAUUACAAGUCACUGUCACUGGCUGAAAUAUGCACAAAAUAUGCUCUCCCUGACUUUGAUCAUGCGCUCACCGACUUCAUUCGUUGUUCAUCCCUGACCAGCAGUGAGCACACCCGCUGGGACCCCAAAUAUGGGCGCUUCCAGGUGUGGAACAAGUUUCGGCUGCAGCUUCACUUGGCCUUCCAGCCACGGGUCAUCAUGCCAAGCAGAGUAGUGCAAGUGUACCCGCCGAGUAACAAUUUCCCCUUGGGCAAUUGCGACACUAUUCUCAUUGACGGCCCGGGCAUUGACAGCAACACAAAACGUCCUGAACUCAUGAUGUGGACUGUGGAGUGUGCAUACACACAUGAUGAAAAUGGUAACUGCCAUAGACAGGGAGCUGUCAUGCGAGUAAUGCAUGCAACGCAUGUGGUUGAAUUGAUACCAGAUUAUGACGAGGCAGUGGACAAGAGCAUGUCCUCCGCAACAUGUUUGGAAAGUUACAAGUGUUUCUUUCUGAAUAACUUUGCGGACAAGGAGAGUUAUCAUGCAUUCAGUACCAGCCCAUAA